AUGUGCUUAACGUGGUUUUUGCUGCUCUUCACUGCAAACAAUGUCUUUGCUGCACGAAUUUUGGGAGUUUUCCCAAUAGCUUCAUACAGUCACCAAAUAGUAUACAGACCAAUUUGGAGAGAACUUGCAACCAGAGGACAUGAUUUAGUUGUGAUUACUACCGAUCCCAUCGAUGAACCAAAUCUACCAAAUUUGAAACAAAUCGAUUUAAAAUACGUUUACCAGUUCUUAAAAGAGAAAUACAAUUUUACCAAUAUAAUGUCAAGUUGGAAUGUCGUAAACAAAUUAUAUGUAACUUCUAAAAGGAUUUUGGAUACUUCUGAAGUGCAUUUAAGUCACCCUGAGGUACAAGCAAUAAUUAAAAAUGAAACGGAACAUUUUGAUUUGCUGUUGAUUGAGUUUAUGGAUUCAACGAUGUUCGCUUUUAAGCAUAGAUUUAACUGCUCCGUAAUUGGUUUGACAUCUAUGGAUGCAAUAAAUAUGGCCCACGAAGCUGUUGGUAAUCCGACUCAUCCAAUUUUAUACCCAGAAUUGACUUUUCCGUUUGGAAGAAACUUGAAUUUCUUUCAACGAAUUAUGGCCAUAUUUUACACUGGAUUUAUGAAAAUUAUACUCUAUUUUUAUAUUCCUUUGGCAUCAGUACUUGUUGAUAAAUACUUCGGAAAAGGAUACCCAGAUUUAUACGAGUUGGGUCAAGCAACUGAUAUGUUAUUUAUCAAUGUGAAUCCAAUUAUUCAUGGCAUAAGACCUUUAUCUCCAGCUACUAUUACAAUUGGUGGAGGAAUACAUUUGAACCCACCAAAGCCUUUACCUCGAGAUAUCCAAACAUUCUUAGAUAAUGCAAAGACUGGAGCAAUCUACUUUAGCUUGGGUAGCAAUAUAAAAAGCAACGCUAUUUCUUUACAGACAAAACAAAUUCUGCUCGAAGCUUUUAAAAAUAUGCCUCAAUACCAGAUUCUUUGGAAAUUCGAAGAUACAGAAUUAGAAGGAAAACCGGAAAAUGUUAAUAUCGUUCAAUGGGCACCUCAGCAAGAUAUAUUACGUCAUCCGAAUAUUAAAUUAUUCAUUACUCAGGGUGGCUUACAAUCAUUAGAUGAAACUAUCCACAAUGGAGUUCCGUUUAUUGGAAUGCCCUUCUUUGCAGAUCAAAUAUUUAAUAUUUUAAACGCUCAAGAAAAAGAACUUUGUGCCUACUUGCAGCACGAUCAAAUUACCGUUGAUAAGUUCAAAAACACAGUAGUUGAAGUUAUUACCAACCCUAAAUAUAAAAAUAAUAUUAUAAAAUGGAAUAAACUCAUUAAAGAUGAACCCAUGUCCAGUUUGGAAAAAGCCAUUUGGUGGACGGAAUUUGUCCUUAGAAAUAAAGGAGCUCAACAUCUGAAAGGGCCAGAACAUACGAUUCCUUUGUACCAAUACUACUAUUUAGAUGUAAUCUCAUUUUUAAUAUUUUUAAGUCAUCCAGAAGUGCAGGCGUUAAUUAAAAAUGAAACGGAACAUUUUGAUUUGCUUAUGAUAGAAUUUAUGCAGCCUUCGAUGUUAGCUUUCAAGCACAGAUUUAACUGCCCAACAAUCGGUUUGAGUUCUUUGGACGCCGUCUUAUGGGGUCAUGAAGCUACUGGGAACCCAACACAUCCUAUUCUUUAUCCAGAUUUUUCGUUACCUUUUUCUAGAAACCUACAUUUCUUUCAAAGGAUUUUUGCCGUGCUAUUUGCCGGCUUUAUGAAUUACUUUGGUCAUUACAUUUAUAUUCCAAUGGAAACGGAAGUGGUUGAGAAAUAUUUCGGUAAAGGUUAUCCAAAUUUAUACGAGCUUGGCUUAACAAUUGACAUGAUGUUUAUUAACGUUAAUCCGGUUAUUCAUGGCAUCAGACCUAUAACCCCAUCAACUAUCAGCAUUGGAGGAGGAAUACAUAUAAAUCCACCAAAGCCUCUACCUAAUAAUAUCCAAAUAUUUUUGGAUAACGCAAAAACUGGAGCAAUCUACUUUAGUUUAGGAAGUAACAUAAAAAGCAAAUCUUUAUCUUUAAAAACAAAGCAAGUUCUACUCGAAGCUUUCAGAAAUAUGCCUCAAUAUCAAAUUCUUUGGAAAUUCGAAGAUACUGAAUUAGAAGGAAAACCUGAGAAUGUUAAAAUUGUACAAUGGGCACCUCAGCAAGAUAUAUUACGUCAUCCAAAUAUUAAACUAUUCAUUACUCAGGGAGGUUUACAAUCGUUAGAUGAAACUAUCCACAACAGAGUUCCGUUUAUUGGAAUGCCGUUCUUUGGAGAUCAAAUCUUUAACGUUUUAAACGCCGAAGAAAAUGGUGUCGGUGUAUUCUUGGAGCACGAUAAAAUUACAGCUGAAGGAUUUAAAAAUACUGUAGUUGAUGUUAUUACUAACCCCAAAUAUAAAAAUAAUAUUGUUAAAUGGGCCAAACUCAUUAAAGAUGAACCUAUGACAGGAAUGGAAAAAGCUAUUUGGUGGACGGAGUUUGUUCUUAGAAAUAAAGAAACUCAACAUCUCAAAGGACCAGAAAAUACGAUUCCACU